AGCCCUCUCUGACUCUCGCCGCUGCUACCUUUUCCUCUUUCCUCAAGCGGCAACGAAAUCUCGGCUCAGAUUGGGGAUUUGCUGGUUGGCCUUGGAUCCCUUCUCUCACCACCAACCUCGCUGAAUUCGGCUCUGAUCUCGAUAUUUGUAGGUCUGCGCGCGCGAGAGCGUGUCCUUGAAGCUGUCAGAACCAAACAAGGAUGUUCGGCAGUCGGGGCCCCUCUCUGUCUGUUCGUCGUUCUUCUUCAUUCAAGCUCUGAUUUUUCUUCUUUCGCUGGGAAUUAGAUCGACUAAGAGGCAUCUUUGCUUCGUUUUCUUAUUCUUGGAGACAACUUCCGCUUCGCGUUAAGGAUUCGAGGCGGUUUAUGGUGAUGAACUAGGGUUUGUAAUUGGGAUUAGGGAAAAUUUGGCGUCUUGCCUCAGCUUCUUUUCGGUUCUGUAAAUCCUAGGGUUUAUUUAUUGUGAAUACUUUUCCCUUUUUUCUUGUUAGACGUAGGUGCUCAAUUUUCGAGCUCGUGAGUGUUGGAUAGAGGUCCUCUUCGAUAGAGCUUGUCGUGAGUGGGUCAAAGGUUUUCCUUUUGCCUAUUUUAUCCAAUCUUCUUUUCCUUGUUUUUGGUAAAUAGAAUCCGGAUAGUGUGGAGAUCUGGGAAAUAUUUUCUCACUUAUGCAGAAUGAGGAAUUUCUUCCUCUCACAGUCCUACAAAGAGACACAACUUCACGCUCUUAAUCCCCAGUCGUGGCUUCAGGUGGAAAGAGGCAAACUCUACAAAUCUACUUCAUAUUCUCCGUCCUCCAUCGAAUCUCUUAUUAAAGUCGCUGAGCCUCCUGUUCUCACUCUAUUCAAGCCUGUAGAUUAUGUCGAAGUCUUAGCUCAGAUCCAUGAAGAACUUGAGGGGUGCGCUCCACAAGAAAUGUCAAACCUGUAUUUGCUCCAGUUUCAGGUAUUUCGUGGACUUGGGGAAGCUAAAUUGCUCCAAAGAAGUCUUCAUUCUGCUUGGCAGAAUGCUACUACAGUUCAUGAGAAACUUAUAUAUGCGUCAUGGUUACGGUACGAGAAACAAGGGGAAGAAGUUAUUUCUGACCUCCUUGCUUCCUGCGGAAAGUGCUCACAAGAAUUUGGACUUCUGAAUGUUGCCUCUCAGUUUCCUUCUAAGACUGUUGACACAAUCAGUCGAUGUAGUUAUCAAAUUGAUCAGAUUUCUACUAUGGUAUUUUUUCAGAUCAGGGGUGAGAUGAUAGCUUGUGAGAGACAGAAAAUUGCAGCAUUGUCUGCUCCAUUUAAUACAAUGCUGAAUGGAUCCUUCACAGAGUCAAUACUUGAAGUUAUUGAUUUGUCAGAGAAUGGCAUAUCACCAGUAGGAAUGAGAGCAGUCUCUAACUUCAGUGUUGAAGAGCACUUAGAUGAUUUGUCAGUUGAAAUAUUGUUGGAGAUCAUGGUAUUUGCUAAUACAUUCUGUUGUGAAAAACUUAAAGAUGCUUGUGAUAGGCAAUUGGCAUCAUUAGUUUCUUCACGGCAAGAUGCUGUAGAGCUUAUGGAAUGUGCAAUGGAAGAAGAUGCUCCCGUGCUUGCUGCUUCAUGCUUGCAAGUGCUUUUGAGAGAGCUUCCUCAAUGUUUGAAUGAUGAGCAAGUUAUCAAAACCUUCUUGAAUGUCAACAAGCAACAAAGGGCAACCAUGGCUGGUCAUGCUUCAUUUGCACUAUACUGUUUGUUAUGUCAAGUCACGAUGAAUAUCAAUCCAAAGUCGGAUGUCACAGUAUGUUUUUUAGAGAAGUUGGUGGAAUCGGCAGCAAGUACUAGGCAGAAGCAACUCGCCUUUCAUCAGCUUGGCUGUGUGAAACUGUUGAGAAAAGAGUACAGUGAAGCAGAACACUACUUUAGUGCUGCUUUGACUGCUGGUCAUGUCUAUUCAGUUGCUGGUUUGGCUAGAUUGGCUUACAUCAGAGGUGACAAGCUUUCUUCUCAUGAGAAACUUAGCUCUGUAAUAUCUUCCUAUCAACCACUAGGAUGGAUGUAUCAGGAGAGAGCUUUAUAUUGUGAAGGUGAUAGGAAGCUUGAAGACCUUGAUAAGGCGACAGAAUUGGAUCCUACUCUCACUCACCCAUACAUGUAUCGAGCAGCAUCUUUCAUGAGAAAACAAGAUGCCAAACUUGCUCUGGCUGAAAUAAAUCGGCUAUUAGGGUUCAAACUGUCUUUAGAAUGUUUAGAACUGCGAUUUUGCUUCUAUCUGGCACUUGAAGAUUAUAAAUCUGCACUUUGUGAUGUUCAAGCCAUCCUGACACUUUCCCCUGAAUAUCGGAUGUUUGAAGGACGUGCUCCUGCUUCCCAGCUGCGGACGCUUGUUAGAGAGCAUGUGGAUCAGUGGACUACUGCUGAUUGUUGGCUUCAAUUAUAUGACCGAUGGUCAUCUGUAGAUGACAUAGGCUCCCUUUCAGUAAUCUAUCAGAUGCUUGAAUCCGAUGCUGCAAAAGGAGUGUUAUACUUCAGGCAGUCUUUGCUCCUGCUUAGGUUGAACUGCCCUGAGGCUGCAAUGCGCAGCUUGCAGCUAGCACGCCAACAUGCUGCAACAGAACACGAACGCUUGGUUUAUGAAGGUUGGAUAUUAUAUGAUACUGGUCACUGUGAAGAAGGACUUCGUAAAGCUGAGGAGUCAAUUUCCAUUCAAAGAUCAUUUGAGGCUUUCUUUCUGAAGGCCUAUGCUUUGGCAGAUUCAAGUCUUGAUCCUUCGUGUUCUGCCACUGUUGUUUCACUUCUAGAAGAUGCAUUAAAGUGCCCUUCGGAUAGGCUUCGGAAGGGCCAGGCAUUGAACAAUCUUGGCAGUGUAUAUGUUGACUCUGGGAAUAUAGAUAUGGCAGCCGAUUGUUACAUCAGUGCCCUUAAAAUCCAGCACACUCGGGCACAUCAAGGCCUUGCUCGAGUUCAUUUCCUUAAGAAUGACAGAAAGGCUGCAUAUGAGGAAAUGACCAAAUUAAUAGAGAAGGCUAGAAACAAUGCAUCAGCAUAUGAGAAAAGGUCUGAAUAUUGUGAACGUGAACAUACUAAAGAGGAUCUGCAAAUGGUGACUCAGUUGGAUCCUUUGCGUGUUUAUCCUUAUAGAUACAGAGCAGCAGUGCUGAUGGACAACCACAAGGAAAAAGAAGCAAUAGCUGAGUUGACUCAAGCUAUAGCUUUCAAGGCCGACCUCCACCUCUUGCACCUCCGCGCUGCAUUUUACGAACAUAUUGGGGAUAUUGCCAGUGCCCUCCGAGACUGCCGUGCUGCACUUUCAUUAGAUCCCAACCACCAGGAAAUGCUGGAGCUCCAUAAACGUGUGAACAGCCAAGAACCAUGACACAUAAUACACCAGAUCCAUGCAGCUGCACACCGAACUACAGCCUGGAUCAUCUGCAUUUUUUCCUUCUCCUUUGCAAUAGUCCUGUACAAUCAUUGUGCUCUAGGAUAAGUUAUUCUGUGCAUGUUUGUAGAAUUGUAGCUGCUUGUUCACAAAUUUUGGUAUGUCCGAAUGAGAUGAAAGUUCAGAGGCAAACCAUAGUAGAUAUGGAUUUACCUGUUUAUUGAUUUUAAUGAAUCUUAUUUAGCA